AUGUCCUCGAACGAUGAAACGGUUGCUGCCCCUGCUCCUGUGGAGGCGGCUGCUGUGGUAGAGGCUCCUGCUCUUGAGGAGGUCGACGAAAAUGAGCCUCCAGCCACUCCAGUCGAGUCGAGCAUGGUCUCUGGAGGCGAGGAGGUUGUCAAAUCUAGCCCCGAGGUAUCCAAGGGAAAUCCCAUGGCCUCCCCGAACAAGGCUAGCCCUGGCACACUGGGCACUGCGAAGCGUCCGGUAUCCGGGACAGCUACCAAACGACCAACCUCCUCGUCAGCAUCGAAGCCAACGACCGGUCUAACCCGCACCGCCAGCACGCUGAACAAGCCUCCGACGCGUCCCACGACCACAACCUCCACCCGGAAGCCGCUGAGCACCUCCACCACUUCGUCCCACCGGUCUCGCAUGUCAAUCAGCAGCUCCGCAGAUGAAAAGCCCCGGUCUGUGGCAAGCUCGGGAGAUGAGAAGCGGGGAAUCUCUGGCACUGCGAAGCGCAUGUCCAUGGCCGGCACUUCAUCCACACGUGCUCCUCUUAGACCGACCUCGUCUUCCAUCGAUCGUAGGUCGAGUGUUGCCAGCUCCACCGCUGAAAGGAAGCCUGCUACGACGACUGCCCGUACCGCGACCUCGACAAGCAAGCCCGUGGGCAGAUUGACUUCGUCGACGACACCUGCUAGCCGAACUACCGCUACCGUUGGCACUUCCACUUCCGGAUCUAGAACCGUCACUGCGCGGCCCGGUUCGACCUCAAGCGCCGUGAAAUCUGCCACAGCGACAGACCCUAAGAAGCGAUUGAGUACAAUUGGUGGCUCAACCACCCGAGCCGGUGACUCUGAGAAGCUGCAGGCUCUCCAGACCAAGCUCACAGAGAGCGAGGAAACAGUAGCUACUCUGAAGACCGAGCUAGAGGCCGUCAAUGAGAAGCUAAGCCAGCUUUCUGUCUCCGCUGAAGUGGGCCCAGUCGAUGCUGGUGCUGCAGAGGCUACGCGCGCAGCACACACUGCAGAGAUCGAAAGGCUGACUACAGCCCACGCCGAUGAACUCGUGGUCCUGCGGGCACGAUUAGAUGAGGCAGAGUCACAGCGCAAAGAGCUAGAAGAGAGCUCCCAACGGGAGCUCGAGGAGGCUCGCCAGUCCGCAUCCGCCCAAGGGGAUGCCAAUACAGUGGCCCUCCUGGACGAGCUGAAGGCAACGCACCAUACUCAGCUUGAGGCCAUCGAGAAGGAGUUGGCAGAACACAAGUCUGCGGCCAGCCACUUCGAGGAGCAGAUCAGCGCUCUGCAGAAAGAGCUCGACUUCCAGAAGACUGCCCUGGAGCAAGAGAAGGCUCAGGAUCUCGAACAUUUCACUCGAGAGCUCAAGGGCCGCGAUCUGGUGAUGGACAACCUCAACACAGAAAUAGUGAAGCUGAAUGCCCUCAAAGAGCAGGAGGUCCGUGCUGCGGAAGAGGCUGCUCAGCAGAGUGUCUCCGCUCUCCAAGAGCAAGUGGCCACCCUCGAGGAGAAGCUUGUCGCGGCCGAGUCUGCCACUCAAGAAGACUCUGAGAAGAUGGAGUCGCUUGCCGCGAAAGACCAACAAAUUACCGAUCUUAAGAAGGCCCUCGAGGAGAUUCAGAGCGAGCUUCAGGAAGCGCGCGACUCCGCGACCACUCAGUUGUCAUCCAAGGUCGAGGAGCUUGAAGCAGCCCAUGAAGCUACUAUCGCAAGUCUUAAGGCCGAACACGAGACCGCUCUCAGUGAUAUCUCGGCUUCUCACGCCGAGAAGCUUGCUGUUGCCGUUGCGGCAGCAGAAUCCAGCGGCACAGAACACACGCAGCAACUCCAAGAACUCCGUGAUGCACUCGAGGCUUCCAAGGCCACUGCACAGAAGGCACAAGAAGAUGCUGUUUCUCAGCUCAAGGUCGCUCACGAGGCAGAACUCAACUCUUUGCAAGAAAAACUUACCGCUUCCGAGAGUGCCCUCGGCGAGUCUCGCCGCGCACUGGAAGAGGGUAACGCCUCGGCCCAAGACGUCGCCGUCCAAGAGAUUGACUCUCUCCGACACAAGUGUGAGUCGCUGGAGUCACAGCUGGCCACCGGCACGGGGAAGAUUAACGCUCUGCUCGAAGAGAUGCAGAGCAAGCAAGCCGAAGCCGAAAACAUUCACCGCAUCCUUCGUGAGGUUGAAGACCACUCCAAGCAGGAGGGCGCCCAAAAGGACAAUAAGUUGAAGGCUCUCGAGCAGAAGGCCGCGGAGGCUGCAUCUCUCCUGGAGCAACACGCCGCGCAGGCCGCCAAUGUGGCCGAGCAGCACGCCCAGGCUCUCGAAGACUUGAAGGCUCAGCAUGCUGCUCAUCUCGCUUCCGAAUUGGAGCGGGCAAAGGAGGCAUCCGGCACCCACGAUACUGCUCUGCGCGAUCUUCAAUCGAAGCACGAUGAGCUGCUGGCCGCGAACAAGGAGUUGGAGUCUGUCCACGCCACCCGGGUUCAGUCACUCGAGGCUGAGUUGGAGGCGGUCCUUGUGCGCCACGCCACUGAGAUGGCUGCCCACACCGAGAGCCGCGAGAAGGAGACCGCUGAGCUUCGGAAGCAAUUCGAAGAGUCCCAGGCCAAGCUGCAAGUCGAGCUUGCCGCUUUGCAGAGUGCUAGCGGGGCUGAUGCCGAGCUUCACGAGAAGCAAAUUGCUGAACUGCAGCAGGGGUUCGAGGAGACCAAAGCCCAAUUGCAGGCUGAAAUCGAGGCUGCCAAGACCUCUCAGGCCGCCGAUGUGGACGCUGAGCACAGCAGGGCAAUUGCCGAGUUGCAACGAGGCUUUGAGGAGACUAAAGCCAAGCUGCAGGCUAAGAUCGAGGCUGUCCAGACCUCCAAGGCUGCUGAAAUUGACGCCGAGCAUGGCAAGGCAAUCGAGCAGCUUCUCACUAUGAACGAGUCCAAGUUGUCUAGUCUCAAGGAGGAGCUUGAGGCUUCCCACAAGACCAAGAUCGCAGAGCUCGAGAAUGAGCACCAGAAAGUCCUGGGUGAUGCCCUUGACCAGCUGGGUCAAGCUACCUCGGCCCUGGAUAGCCUGAAGGCCAACAUCGCGAAGCUCGAGGCCAAGCUUGCUGAUUCUGAGAAGGCCCAUCUCGCGGUCCAGGAAUCUGCCGCCUCUGCUUCCCGGGACAUCGAGGAACGCUACUCCGCCAAGCUGGCCACGAUGGAGGCUAAACAUGCCGCAGUUGUAGAGAAAUACCAAACGACCGUCACUCGACUCAGCGAACUCGAGAAGACUGUUGUGGACACGGAGAGCCAGAUGUCACAACUUGAGUCUAUCAUGAAGCAGCUCUCUGAAUCCCGGGAUCAACUACUGAAGAUCAAGGCUGACAAUGCCGCUCUCUCUGACUCACUUGUCGACUGCCAGAACCAGAACAAGACCCUGUCGGAGAAACUGGAGGCUGGUGAACGCGACCUGAACGAUCAAAUCACCAAGAACAUGGGCCUCCUGAACCAACUUGGCGAUGUCGACUCCGACAUCUCCGCCAGCCGACGACGGGUCCGCGAACUCGAAACCGAGCUCGCAGUCUUGAAGGCAAACAGUGGCGAGAAGAGUAGUUCUUCUGGCCUAGAGGCUAGCCGAUGGGCGACGGCAGAUGAAGGAAGCGAGAACGCUGAAGAUGGGGGUCCGGCCACAACGGAAGGUGAGGACCUAGGCCCAUCCAUUGAGGGAACGAUGGCAAGCCUUCAGGAACAGCUUAAGCAUAUCCGAACGGCCGAUGACGACUGGCACCACGAGCAUCGAAGACUCGUUGGCGAACUCGCUCUUAUCUCCAAGCCCGAAUCCUCCGAGUCUAGCAGCCUCUCGACCACACCCAAUCCAGAGGACGCCACUUCAGCCCCGGAGCCCGAACUCGUCCGCACCCGUGCAGCCACAGUCUCCUUUUUCGGUAAACGGUGA